UCCCUACGAAAAUCACUGUCCUUGUUUGAUAUUCAUUAUUAUUUGUUAGUAAAAGUGGAUUGAUUUUACUCGAAAUCUUAAUAAAAUGAAUACCGUAGUUUCAAACCAUAGUUCAGAAAAUAUUUUUCCUGAAUUUCGUACUACUUUGUCGGUUAUACACACUAUUAGUCUGUCGGAAAAAUUUUCCAUGAUCGCAAUAUAUUUAAAUCAGUCAAAUGGAGUUCUUCAGAAGCAGAAAUUAUAUUAUUGUUAUUACUAUUGUUCCUUUGUCUUUCGAUUUGCUCAUAGGGCUUCAACAGCACAUACCCACCUUGUCCUUUUCUAUGUAACCCUCUCAAGUUGACUCUGCUAUUGCCCAUACUGUCUCAUCUCCUGGAACGACCCCCUCCAUGUUACUCUUGGACUACCCACUCGUCGUUUCCCUUUCGGGUUCCACUUGAGUCUUCGGCAUGGCUGGCAAUGUCAUCUAACAGUCUACCUGGCGUGUGUUCAACCCGUCUCCAUUUACUUCGGAAUAUUUUAAGAGCAGUAUUCCGUAACUCCCAAUAUUUACAAAACUUUGUCAUAUAUUUAAUUGAGAUAAUGGUGGAUUGUUUAUCUCCUAUCAAAAUACAAUAUGCUGACUAAUGUUGUAGAAUUAUCACCACAAACAUUGGAAAAAGCUUAUUCAGAAUUGAAUGAGCAUCCACAAUCACGUGACAAUGCCAUUGAAGAGUUAAGACAUCGGAUUCAACUACAAAGUUUACAAGGAUGCCUUGAUGAUGGCUUCUUAUUGAGGUUUCUUCGGGCUAAGAAAUUUAAUCGUGAUAAUGCAUUAAGGCUGUAUAUAAACUAUUAUAUCUUACGGCUACGUUAUCCAGACGUAUUUAAUAAUCUAACACCAUCAUUGGUGGAACAUGUUUUUCGUGGUGGUGUUGUCUGCCGUCUACCACAAUGUGAUGCUGAUGGUAGAGCGCUAAUCUACUUUCAACCUGGUCUAUGGAAUCCAGCUGAAUGGUCAACUAAUGAUAUCUUUAGAGCAAAUGUUCUAGUUAUUGAAGAGUUAUUAUUGUCUUCACCAGAAGUUCAAGUCCAUGGAGUUGUAAUACUAGUUAAUUUAAAUGGUUUUUCAUGGAAACAUGCAUUCCAUUUAAUGUCUCCAUGGUUUAUACAUCGUGCUGUAAAUUUUCUACAAGGUUCCAGUCCUUUACGCGUUAAAGCUGUACAUAUUUUCCACAGUCCUUAUAUGUUUUCAAAAAUCUAUGCAGCUAUGAAACCUUUAUUAAAACCAAAAAAUCAAGCCCGUAUUAUUAUGCAUAAUGAUUCCUUGGAAAGUCUUCAUGCUGCUCUCCCUCCACAUCUCCUGCCGUGUAACAGUGGUCUAGGUGGUACAGGACCACCAGUUCCAUCACGUGAGUAUAUCAAUGGUCUAUUGGAAUUAGAAGAUUAUUUCCUUGAAAUGAAUAAAUAUCCUUUUCAUGUCGAAAUUUCCUGAUAAAAAAAGUUAACAAAAAAAUAGAAAUCAAUCACUAAUGCACAAAUAUUCAUCUACCUACUUAUUUUUUUGUUUUAAUUGGUUAUUUGUAAUUUCAAUUUUUUUGGCGGUCAAUUUAAAAUGCUUAUUUAUUUAAAAACUUGUUUUAUUCAUUUUGUUAUACAAAAAAAACGUUAUUCAUCGCAUUAUUGAUCACACGUUAUGCGACACAGAUAUCUGACGUAAACUGAUACCUAUAAUGCACUUUCCCUGCUUAUUUUGCGUUCAAUAUUCAAUGUGUUCAAAUAUUUCAAUGUCGAAUUGUAAUAUUGUAAGGCGUAAUUUUUAUUUUGGUUAUUAUACUCGAGUCUUUCAUUCCUGAUCAUAC